CCUUGCAAUGCUUUAGGAAGCAGAUCUUUGUGGAGAGCACGGAUGCUCAAAGCUGGGUGUGUAACGACCCCACUGCGGACGCGAUCUGGGACCAUUCUCACGUUUUUAAGGGUUUAAUGGAGAGCAUUUCGAAUGACAGCUGGUACAGUGGUCAUCACAGGUGGAAUUCUAGCUACAGUAAUCUUAUUAUGCAUCAUCAUAGUGCUGUGCUACUGUCGGCUGCAGUACUACUGCUGUAAGGAGGAGGAGUUGGAGUCAGACUCUGAGUCAGAGGAGGGGGAGGAGGAGGACGAGGAGGAGGAGGAGGAGCAGGAGGAGCCGAGCUUCGGCACGAGCUCCCGCUUCCCACGUGAUGCUGUGGCGAUGUGCGCGGCCAACGGGCCCUGCGCCUACCCCCCAGCGCCACCCCCCCGGCUGGCCCGCUCUCACACCUUCUGCCCCUCCUGCAUGCACCACGAGCUUCCCGGCUUUGGGCUACGUCCGCAGGGGUUGCGCAACGGCGGGCAGCGCCUCGGUUACCGGACGGUGUCGCCCAGAAGCCCGGGAAUGCCCAUCGACCCGGCUGCCGGGCACAAGCUCCAGCUCGCCCGCUCUUCCACCAUGAAAGAGAUGUUCUCGCACGGCCACAGCUUCAGCACCGAUGUGUGACCUUCCUCUUCGACCUCACACGAAACCCUGAAAAAGACACAGUGAGCACACCCUCAGACGUACCCUGCGGUACCGUGCACCCAUGUACGACGUGUCCAGCUGAUGCGGGUGUCCGUGGGGCUGCACACGCUCAUUGAUAAAAGCUUUGUGAUUUUGUGCUCUGUUCUGAAAUCUCUCCUCUGCGACAGGCGGCUACAACUUAGUUUAUCUGUCCCCGCCGCCUUUCAGCUGCUUGUUCCCGCCAUCCUUUCGUAGAUGACAGAUGUUUUGUCUCCCAUCCUCAUUCUGCGCUGCUAACGGAGUCUCAGGGGAAACGGACGAAAAGGCGGAGACAAAAAACUUACUGUAUUCCCUACCUAUGUCAUAUUUGCCAUACACCUUUUCCCAGGAGGUUCUGCUCUUUUCCCGAAAUGCUCCUGUCUUCAGCCUAAUCUCCGUAUAA